ACAUUCCGCAUUUGGCAACAUGUCCUCUUUCGUUUCAAGGUCUGUCUUCAGACGACUUUGUCAAAUCAAGCAGCAAGAACCAACAUUUUUCUCAAAGUGCUUGUUCCACAGAGGUGUGCCUGCUCUUUCAUCUACAGAAGACCCUACUGCCGAUGGACGACAGACGGUGACCCUUGUUCCUGGUGAUGGUGUUGGACCAGAACUUAUGCAGAGUGUCAAGGACGUCUUCCAGUCUGCAGGAGUUCCUGUCAAGUUUGAAGAAAUUUACUUGAGUGAGACCAAUCCAUCAAUGAGUGCAAGCUUGGAGACAGCUGUAAAAUCUUUCAAAAAGAAUGGAGUAGGGCUGAAAGGAAUCAUUAAUUCCCCCACUCAUUUGAAGGGUGGCAUUUUACAAACCCUGAAUAUGAAAAUAAGAACAGAAAUGGAUCUUUUUGCUAAUGUGGUGGUCAUAAAAAGUUUGCCUGGAUUUAAAACAAGACACAAGAAUCUUGACUUUGUCAUUAUCAGGGAGCAAACAGAGGGGGAAUACAGUGCAUUAGAACAUGAGACAGUCCCAGGAGUGGUAGAGAGUCUAAAAAUUAUCACAAGGAAAAACUCCAAGAGAAUCGCCAAAUUUGCCUUUGAUUAUGCCAUGAAGCACAACAGAGAAAAGGUUACAGCGGUCCACAAAGCUAACAUCAUGAAAUUGGGAGAUGGUUUAUUCAUCCAAUGCUGUGAAGCAGUGGCAAAGUUUUACCCAAAGAUCAAGUUUGACACCAUGAUUAUUGACAAUUGUUGUAUGCAGCUGGUUUCUAACCCCCACCAGUUUGAUGUCAUGGUGAUGCCCAAUCUCUAUGGUAACAUUGUUGACAACCUAGCAGCUGGUUUAGUGGGUGGAGCUGGUGUAGUUCCAGGAGAAAGUUACAGUACAGAUGUGGCUGUGUUUGAACAGGGAGCCAGACAUGCAUUUGCUGAAGCCAUAGGAAAGAACAUUGCCAAUCCUACAGCCACUCUGCUGUCUGCCUGUAACAUGCUGAAACACAUCCAUCUGGAUUAUCAUGCAAAACUCAUAGAGGACGCGGUACACAGGGUUAUCAAGACACAGAAGGUGAAGACCCGUGACAUGGGAGGGUACGCCUACACUACAGACUUUACACAUUCUGUCAUUGACAGCUUACAACAGAUCUGACCGUCACAUACUCUAGAUUUUAUUUAUUGUGUUCAUAGGUCUCUAUGUUUUAACAUUAGAUAAUUACUGUUAGUUGUUAAUCUUUUUGUACAUGCUUUUUGCAAUGUAUGUUGUUAAACUCACUUAUUUUUGUUUUUUAAGAUCUGUAAAUUGUUGGUGAAAAAUUAC